AUGAUUCAUACUGGAAUGUCACAAGAGUCAGGAAACUCAAAUGUUAAAAUCUGCUUCUUCAAGUCUGCCUUCCACGACAGUAUCUCAGAGAAUUAUUCUAAGGACACGCCAGGAGGAAAAGUGGCCAAAUCCUUCCCAGUACUCUGCUCACUUCUGUUCUUUAUCGUGAUACAUUUGACGUUACCUUCUGGCCCUCCACACUGGUGGCCACCACAUGGAAAUAUUAAGGUGAAAUGUCCAUAUAAGAAAGGAUUGAGUUGGUUCAAUGGAACAGUGAACCCCUGCCCUGGUAUAUAUCAACCCAUCUGUGGCAACAAUUUGGUAACCUAUGAAAAUCCCUGCAUCUUGUGUGUUGAGAGCAUGAAAUCUCAGGGAAAAAUUAAUUUGCAUGAUGGAAAAUGCUGAGUGGACUCAGACAUGAAAGAAGUACCUUUUUUUUUAUCCCAUUGAGAAAAUCCUUCUCUUGCAACUCACCCCUCCUUAGAUGUGUUCUUAGUGACAGAGAGCUACCCCUAGUGAACUUGUAGACCUCUCCCCUCAUUGAUUCGCUGCCUUCCAUAUUCUCCCUAAUAAAUAAACUUUUCUGAAAGUCUCAUUUAACAUGGGUCUCAGAUCCAUAUCUCAAGCCUCAGAAGUAGAACAAAAUGAACAUUUGAGCCAAAGGUCAGAGACAAACACAGGGCUUAAUCAGGUCUCUGAUACUGUAAACUGUGGAAUAACUUAUCAAUAUGUAAAGGCUCCUGGUUGUCUUCCAAAGAACACAACAGAAAUUUCUUCCAUAUUCCUUCAGAAUUAAAAAUAAAUAUAUAUUAAUAGGAAAUGUGCCUAAAAUAACCAGCUGAGCUUCCCCUCGCAGCUGUAACCAGAGUAGUCAUCCAUCUACCAGCUCUAGUUUGUCUAAGACAGACUUGGAAUAGAAAAAGUACACCCUGGGAGAGUGCUCUAAGCUUUCACAGCUCUUGUCUGAGAGGAAAUUGCUAUCUAGAAAUUAAAUGAAGGUAUAAGAGCAUUCUCAGAACUACCAGUCUUGCCUGAACCAAGAUGGCAGAGUAGAAGGACGUACUCUCACUCCCUCUUGCGAGAACACCAGAAUCACAACUAGC